GUGUACAUCAUGGCAACAUGCAAAACACUUGUCACAAGUUUACAGUACAUGUCUCCUCUGUAUCAGAACAGAUGUAAAGUAAUGUACACCGAUACUGACAGUUUAAUCUACCAUAUCCAAUGCGAUGAUAUUUUCGAGCACAUGAAACGUGAUAUUUCUAAGUUUGAUACGAGUGAUUAUCCCGCUGAUAAUAUGUACGGUAUACCGCUUGUCAACAAAAAGGUAUCAGGUCUGAUGAAAGAUGAAAAUAACGGAGCGAUUAUGACGGAAUUCGUCGGGCUCAGAGCAAAGAUGUACGCGCUAAAGGUAGACAGCAAAAAUGACACGAAGAAGGCGAAAGGUGUGAAGACGAAUGUCGUAGCGCGAACUAUAACGUUUGAUGAUUAUAUGCAGUGUCUGAGAGAUGAGGUCGAAAAGCAACGUCGUCAGUCAUGCAUACGAUCCAAAAUGCACAAAGUCUACACCGUGUCCGAACUGAAAACUGCUCUGAGUCCGUAUGAUGACAAGCGGUAUAUCGUACCGAACUCAACAGACACUUUACCAUGGGGACAUUACAGGAUACAAUUGUAAACUAAAAAGCGAUCAUUGUGCAUACAUGUAUAUUGUAAAAUGA